AUCCAAUGAUGUUGCUUUGCUAGCCUGAAAAAAAAAUUUCAAAAAUUAUUGAAUUUUUUUUUUAAAAAUAGUGUGGAUCCAGGGCUGGGUUAAAAAUAGUGCAUGGUACAACUUAGCCCAGGCCCAGCUCAAACAACUCCCUCCAAACCCAAACCCGUGCCUCAGUUCAACCUCUCACUUCCCACCUUCUCUCUCAAAUUAUCUCUCAAUUGCAAAACUCCAAAAAUGGUGAAAUACAAAACCACUCGUCGGUUUUUUAAGAAGUCCCCCUCCUUCUCUUCUUCCAUUUCACCACUGCCGUCUCCAACCCAUUCUCCCCCAAAAGCACCUACUCCCUCUCCGCCACCUUCCGUCUCAAAACCCUUCAAACGCAAAAAAACCACCGUCUCAAAACCCCCACCUGAAAAACCGUAUGUUCGAAAACCCUCAACCCGCAAAACUCCGGCACCUACUCCACCAUCGUCACCAUCUGCUGUGCCUGCCGGAACGCCCUCAACCCAAAAACGAAAACCUUCCGCUGCUACAGGUCCGUCUUCCUCUGCCACAUCAACGUCCAAAUGGCAACGCUCUUCUGCCUCCUCCACCGGAAUUAAAGUUCUGUCCGGACGUGUUUUUCCGGAAUCUUGGAUAUCUAAGCCAGAGUUUAAGUUCUUAUUCGACUUUCUCCAAACCCAAGAUCUGGAAACACAACCGCCCCGCUUUGUCCCCAUACUCCGCCGCUUCGAUUUGAAGAUAGAAGAUCUUCAGGGUUUGUUCCUGAUUUAAAGUUGGAUUUCUUCAAGAUCAGAGUUGGAUUUGAGCUCCAGAUCAAUUAUGGAUUCUUGUAUAUGCAAUAUUGAAGUUGGAGUGUAAUUUUUUAAGUUUCUUGUUUCAGAUUGUAUUAUUAUGGGAUAUUUUCCAAUAUAUUGUAUAAGUAUUUUUAUAUUUAAAUGAAUAUAUUUCAUUUCUCA